UUUGCAUUGAUUGGAGGAUACAUUUGAGCGGCAGACCAAUUAGCGUUCCAGUUGUGUCGUCACUCAGGGAAGUUGAGGUUGUUUUGAAAACAGUUGUAUUUUUUGGUGAAUUAAUUCUAAAUAAUAACCGACUCAAUAUUACACUAAUGGGAAAAGGGUACUAUAGAUAAAAAAUGCAUGCGUUUUAUUGUCCACUCUAAACCUAGAGAGAGAAUGAGGAGUUUUUUGGAACCGUUGUUUUGUUAACUAAAAUGCAUUCUACUGUCCUGAAGCUGACAUCACAGUUCAUUUGCAGUUGAUAUAGUAUCGGUUAUGGCUAAUAAAAAAUUGAGGCGAACAGGUAUGCUCCCUGAAUUAUGCGACAGAUUGGACCGCCAUCAAAUCGAAACCUGCCAGGACUUCCUCUCUCUGGGUCCCCUGGAGCUGAUGAGAGAGGCUGGCCAGAGUUAUCAGCAGGUUCAGACUCUUCUGCGUACUGUCAGCCUGGCUUGUGCUCCCACAAUGGUCACGGCCUUAGAGCUCAGGGACAGGCGGUCCCACGCUUUCUUCCCCACCUCACUACGAGGACUGGAUGCGGUGCUUCACGGUGGGCUAGCCAGUGGAACUCUCACUGAGGUUACUGGACCCUCUGGUUGUGGGAAGAGUCAGUUCUGUAUGAUGCUGAGUGUUUUAGCAACCUUACCACGUACCAUGGGAGGACUGGAUAGCUCUGUUCUAUACAUUGACACUGAGUCUGCCUUUUGUGCUGAAAGGCUGGUGGAGAUCGCACAGAACCGCUUUCCAAAGUACUUCAGUCUACAAGAGAGAGUAGUUGAAAUGGCGCAAAAGAUUCACUUAUUCCGUGAACUGACUUGCCAGAAUGUGUUAAAAAGGUUGGGGGGCUUGGAGGAAGAGAUAAUUUCGAAGAAGGCAGGGCUAGUGAUCAUCGACUCCAUCGCCUCAGUUGUGCGGAAGGAGUUUGACACCAGUAUCCCUGGCAACCUCAGCGAGAGGAGCAGUCUGCUGUCUCAGGAGGCAGCCACGCUCAAGUACCUGGCCGAGGAGUUCUCCAUCCCAGUGGUUCUAACCAAUCAGAUUACGACGCACCUCAGCAGGAAAGGUACUGCACCCUCACACCUGGAAUGUAAUGUGCCGGAAGGUAAAGAGUCCCCAGUAAGUGCAGACGGGGAGUCAGGGUAUGUUACCGCAGCCCUGGGGAACACAUGGAGCCACAGCGUCAAUACCAGACUGAUUGUACAGUACUUGGACUCACAACGAAGACAGAUAAUUGUGGCCAAGUCUCCUAUUGCUCCAUUUUCUGUAUUCAACUACACUGUUCAGAACUCGGGUCUUGAACUGGAAGACUCAGCUCACCGGUACCACCCCCGCGCUGACUCGGGAACGGCGAAGGCGAACACAUGCUGUCCUCCGAAACAUGUGCCAUCAGCCGACCACUUCUUUUCACUCUGCAGGUCUGUCAUGCACCCACCUCAGAGCUACAGCGCAAGCCCGCAGGUGCCCAGCCAGCCUACAGGGGUCGCUGGUGCGUGGUGAGCUGAGGACACCCUGGCUGACCUAUGCCCUCCCCACAAUUGGCGACGCUUGGCCAAUUGUACGCCGCCCCUUGGGAGCUCUCGUCAACGGACGGCAGUGGAAUAGACUGGACUUGAACCGGCGACAGUGUUUUGGUGUUUAGAUUUUAUCUCACCGUAAAAAUACAUUCUGUAUUGAUAAAUUGAGGUUCUUUCCAUAAGAUUGCAAUCAAUUUGUAGUAAUAAUAUUUAGACAGUGCAAAG